AUGAAGACGAGCCGCCGCGGCCGAGCGCUCCUGGCCGUGGCCUUGAACCUGCUGGCGCUGCUCUUCGCCACCACCGCCUUCCUCACCACGUACUGGUGCCAGGGCACGCAGCGGGUACCCAAGCCCGGCUGCGGCCAGGGCGGGAGCGCCAACUGCCCCAACUCGGGCGCCAACGCCACGGCCAACGGCACCGCGGCCCCCGCCCCCGCCGCCGCCGGCCCCGGGAGCCCCUCAGGCGGCGCGCUCUACAGCUGGGAGACCGGCGACGACCGCUUCCUCCUCCGGCGUUUCCACACCGGCAUCUGGUACUCCUGCGAGGAGGAGCUCGGCGGGCUCGGUGAGAAAUGUCGCAGCUUCAUUGACCUGGCUCCAGCUUCAGAGAAAGGGGUGCUGUGGCUGUCGGUGGUCUCCGAGGUGCUCUACAUCCUCCUGCUGGUGGUUGGCUUCAGCCUCAUGUGUCUUGAACUCUUCCACUCCAGCAGCGUCAUUGACGGGCUCAAGCUCAACGCCUUCGCGGCUGUCUUCACGGUGCUCUCAGGCCUCCUGGGAAUGGUCGCCCACAUGAUGUACACACAGGUGUUCCAGGUCACCGUGAGCCUUGGCCCUGAAGACUGGAGACCCCACUCCUGGGACUAUGGGUGGUCCUUUUGCCUGGCCUGGGGCUCCUUUACCUGUUGCAUGGCAGCUUCUGUCACCACGCUCAACUCCUACACCAAGACAGUCAUUGAGUUCCGGCACAAGCGCAAGGUCUUUGAGCAGGGAUACCGGGAGGAGCCGACCUUCAUAGAGCCUGAGGCCAUCAAGUACUUCCGUGAGAGGAUUGGGAAGGGCGAUGUGAGCGAGGAGGAAGACUUCCACCUAGCCUGCCGCCAUGAGAGAUACCCCACCCGGCACCAGCCACACAUGGCAGAUUCCUGGCCACGGAGCUUCACUCAUGAGGCGCCAGAGCUGAACCGCCAGUGCUGGGUCCUGGGACACUGGGUGUGAUGUAGACCCGGCCCAGCCCCAGUGCUCCUGCUGUUGCUGGCACCACCCCUUCCCACAAGACCUGGAAACCCAGUGCCCCGGAAACCUGGUCUGUGUGCUGUGGACUCUGCCUCCAGCCUUGGAGAUACCAGGCCUGUCCUGUGCUCAUUGCCUGGGUCACAAGGCCCUCAAGAUGGCCCAAGGGACUGUGCUGGCUUCACAGAGACUUGGGGACAGCAGUCAGCAUCAUGCAUGGAGCCCUGCUUGGUACAUCUGGAAGGGCAGGAAGGACACAGGCACUGGCCACCAAAUACAGAUAUGCACAGCCAAAUAGGGACCCAAGGAAGUGCUUAGAGGGGCAGGGUCCUAUGGGGAUAGGAAGGGGUAGUAGCUGGCAUUAUAGGGGGCCACAGAGCAGGCACACAGCAGGGGCUCAAUCCAUGCUUGUUAAACCUAUUCUCUUGCCGUUUGUGGGGUUGGAUGCCCCACCAAUGCCUCACCCUGUCACUGAAAGGAUCCUGAAGGUGAGAAAAAUUGCCAUGUGUCAUGUUCUGGGGUUAGGUUCAGAUGCCCAGGGGUUGGACAAGACAGGAGCCCACCUGAUCCUGUAUCCAAGGCAGAAUGGAGACAGAUGGGCAGAGCUGCUGGGAUCCUGAGUGUGGCAAGAAACCAGCCUUAGACCAGGCUCUAAGCUGGAGCUGAAGAAACCCCGAGCUUCCUGGGGGCUGACCAAAGUCACACCACCUUGUAAUCCUUUUACAUGAAACCUCAGGCUCAGAAGCCUAGGGAGAGGAUUCCUACAAUAAUUAGUAGGGCACAGGGUCCAGAGAGGACAUGACUUGCCUAAAAGAGCAGGUUUGAACUGGGUCUGUCUCCCAGCUCCAUCUCUGCCCAAGAGGAUUUCUACAGUUUGACAGAGCUGAGCAGGAUGCAGUCUUCACUCAUCUGCUACCACCACCCAUCCAUUUAGCCAGCACCUACCCACUUAUCACCUAUCCAUCUACCCAUUCAUCCAUAAUUCACUCAUCCAUCAAUUAUCUAUGUAUCCAGCCAUCCAUUGUCCAUCUACCCACAUCCAUCCAUAAACACUUUGUCUAUCCAUCCAUCAUCUGCCUAUCAAGUAUCCUACUACCCACCCACCUAUCCAUCAUUCAUCCACCCACCCAUCCAUCAUCUAUCUAUUCAUCCACUCCCCUACAUCUGUACAUAAUCCAUCCACCUAUCCAUCAUCCAUCCACACAUGUUCCAUCUACCCACCCACCCAUGCAUCCAUUGAGCCAGCACCCAUCAUCUAUCUAGGUCCAUACAUCCACUCAUCACCCAUCUAGUCACCCAUCCACACAUGAUACAUCCAUAUGCCCAUCCAUUAUCCAUUAUCAUCCAUCAUACAUUUUCUAUCCAUCUAUCCAUCAUUUACCUAGUCUUCAUCCAUCCAUCACUUGCCAUUCCUCUUAUCAGAUGUCAUACAGCCAUUGUCUCUCCAUGUGUUAGCCACACCCUCAUCCAGCCAGCCACAAGGCAUCUGUCCAUGUACAUGUGUCACUGUGUCCUUACUCUGUGCCAAGCACUGCAGUAGGCCCUUAACAUGUGACACAGCAGUCUCCAGACAGGCACUUGUUGUUACAGAGCCCACAGAGAGGCAGAGAGAUGAGGAUACAGGCAAAGAUAGUUUAGUGUGCAAAGCACUGGGCACGGUACCCCUUUCUGGGCUAGGUUGCCUGGUUCUGAUCCCACCUCCUCAGCCUUUGUGCUUUGGUUGCCUUAUCCUUCCAAUGGGGCUCUUCGUUAUAACUACCUCUUCCAGCUGCUGGGAGCUGAAGUGGGCAGACAUACAUGGGCACUGAGAGCUGAGCCUGACCUGUGGUAGGCACCUCAUUGGCAUUUGCUAUCAUACCAAGUCAGGGCUGUGUGACCAUAGGCAGCACAUGCUGGGCCAUCCAAGCUAACAUGGGCAGGUAGUGAGGGAAAGGAAGGACAAUGGAGAACUUUAAAAAUGGCCAAGACGGCAGAUGGGAAACAAAAGGAGGGCCAGAGGAGUAUAUAGGGAGUCGCUGCAGAGGCGGGGAGCUAGGUUGGAGGAGGCUUCAAAGUCUUGUCAGGGCAUCAGGAGCUCAAAGCAGAAUGAGAUGUGUCCAGGUGUGCCAUCUAGGAAGGUGCCCAGUUCUGGACUGCAACAGAUGAGAAAGACAAACACUCCUCUAUCCUUGCACAGUGAGAGAAGAGGGCUGUCCCUCAGGAAAGAGGGGCCUGGAUGGGAUCCAGUGGGCCAAUUCAGGAGCCACAGAGGAGGGACUACCAGGACAGGGGGCACAAGGAACAUGAGGAAGAUGAGGAAGAUGGAGACUUGGGCUUCAGGUGUCCUGUGUCUUGGGUGCACAUGGGGGAGAUAGAUGCUCCUGUGUCCACUCAAGCCUGUGGUCAUUCAUCCAGAGCUCGUCCACAUCUCGCUCAUGCAGCCAGUACUGAGCCCCUGUGUGGGGCUGGAAGCAGUCCAGAUACAAGGCCCUGAAUAUCAGCUUUGAGAGUUCUGGCACUGGCCUCAUACAAGCAGGAGCCACUGUGACAUGGGUCUGGGUAGGGACAUGGGCGGGAAUCAGACCCGGCCGCCAGGCACCUUGGAGCUCUUGAUUGUCACCCAGGGUCCUUGUGGCAUUGGUGAUAGGCCCCAGGAGGCCCAGAAAAUGAUUUUAGUUGACACAUGGGCAAAAUUUUAAUCUAUUUUAAUAGCUGUGUUUAUGUAAAUGUGUAUUAGAAAAAAAUGUUUAACAGGCACUUCACAGACACUAUUGCUUAGGAUGAACCAAAAUAGGUAUUUCAGUCAAAGGAGAGUUGGCUUAAAGAAAAAUACUUAAUAAAUAAUCAUGCAAGUGG